GCAGCAGUGGGCGGGAGCUCACAGCGCUCUGCAGCGCCUCCUCCAGGACGAGGUUCCCAGCGGGAGCCGGUCUGGGGCGGGGCGUGAGUCGGGGGUCCUGUACCUGAAGUACCUGCAGAUCUUCCGGCGUCUGGAGGACCUGUACGAGCACCUGGUCCAGCCCCAGCGGCGCCGGGCGGUCCGGAGGGUUCUGGACGGGGUGGCGGGUCGACUCCUGGAGCUCCGGACCCAGAUGGUCCAGCUGCAGCACUCAGAGUUCCCCUACUUUGAUGAUCUGCUGCUGGACCUCAAGAUGACCCCGAGAGAUCUGGAGGUCCCGGUCCCGCGGUAUUUCCUCAGAGAGAAGAAGAAGUUCGCCAACGUGCUGGAAGCUCAGCGCGCCCGACACACGGAGCUGGGCGCGGCGGCCAUGAGCGUGGAGGAGGCGGUGCUUCUCCUGCAGGUGUCUGAGCGCGCUCGGCAGGGACGAAUCAGAGCCCAGUACAUGAAGGACCUCGUCCAAUCAGAGCGAGGCGUCCGCAGACACACCUGGACCCCCCCACACCUGAACCUGACCCCCCAUCAGGCCGCCGUCGCCAUCCAGAAGGUGUGGAGAGGACACCGCCAGAGGACAGAGACCGCCAGACUGAGGACAGACGAGAUGAUAUUUCUGGGAAUG